UCCAAAUAAAUAUGCUCGGAAUCCUAGGCAUACUUGAUGGGAGUCCUAUAGGGCAGACCUUGACAGUAAGUCUGGAGCGGUCCUAUACAGACUUUGUAGGGGCUCUGACAUAGAAGCAGCCGUCGAGUCUCUGAGCAGGAGCUUGACGGCUUCAUAUAAACGAGCGAGUUAAGCACAGGAGAAGUUCUCCUCUAUGGGAAGACUGCAAAAAGGCAUUGCAGGGGUACAAAAAG